GCGUCAUUUGAUGCAUGCUCUACUUUCUAGGUCACUAUGCUGUCAGCUGGACGAAGAAGUUUGGAUUAUGUGUUAUCGCUCCCAGUCCUACGACAUAGCUCUACGAAGGUGAAUACUUUUGACAUAGCUAUUAUCGGUGGUGGAAUUGUAGGUCUAGCUACCGCUCGUGAACUAAUUUUGCGGUAUCCAAAACUCAAACUUGCUGUGUUAGAGAAAGAAAAUGACUUGAGUUUGCACCAAUCGGGUCACAAUAGUGGUGUCAUUCAUGCCGGAAUAUACUAUGCUCCAGGUUCCUUGAAGGCAAAACUGUGCGUAGAAGGUCUUAAAAAGUCUUAUGAAUAUUUAGAUGCCAAUAGUGUGCCAUACAAAAAGUGUGGGAAGUUGAUUGUUGCAGUCAAGGAGUCAGAGCUUCCCCGUUUAGAUGAUCUUUAUGAUCGGUCUCAAAAGAACAAUGUGCCUAAUGUGUCUGUUAUUCCGGGUGAAAAGAUCAAAGAUAUUGAGCCAAAUUGUGUUGGGCUGAAGGCCAUUCACUCUCCGGAAACUGGAAUAGUGGACUGGAGAAAGGUAGCUUUAUCCUAUGCCAAAAAUUUUGUGUCAUCUGGCGGGACUAUUCAUAAAUCGUUCAAAGCGGAUGCAAUUUCAGAGUGCAGUGAAAAUGUGGAUUAUCCAGUUCUGAUUAGGAAUGCACAAGAUAAUCCAGGAAAUGCCAGUAAUCAUGUUUCAGAAGUUGCCUGUAAGUAUGUCAUCACAUGUGCAGGUUUGCAGUCUGAUCGAAUUUCUCAAAAGACUGGCUGUUCUCCUCACCCAGCAAUAAUGCCUUUUCGAGGUGACUACUUGGUACUGAAGCCAGAGAAAUCUUCUUUAGUCAAAGGAAAUAUAUAUCCUGUCCCUGAUCCACGUUUUCCAUUCCUUGGUGUUCACUUCACACCACGCAUGAAUGGUUCUAUUUGGCUUGGGCCGAAUGCUAUCUUGUCGCUUGAUCGAGAGGGCUAUGGCAGAUUCAGUUUUAAUUUCAAGGACUCGAAAGAUGCUAUUUUUUACCCUGGAUUUCGAAAACUUGCAUUUCGUUACUUACGGUUUGGUGUCAAUGAAUUUUUGGGUGGAGUCUUUAUUGGUCGUCAGAUAAAGCAACUUCAAAUGUAUGUACCUAGUUUAAAAGUUAGUGAUGUCAUUAGAGGCCCGUCUGGUAUAAGGGCUCAAGCUAUCGAUCCCAGUGGAAGUUUAGUCGAUGACUUUGUAAUUCAUUUUGGUGAUAGUCAAAUUGGCAAAAGAGUUAUGCAUGUACGUAAUGCACCAUCUCCUGCUGCUACUGCUUCCUUGGCUAUAGGCCGAGUUUUGGCUGAUAAAGCACGGGAACAUUUUGAACUUCCUCCUGGGGAACCAAGAAACUUUGCUUAGUAGUUAUUUACCAAAUCCUACAUACACUCAAUGGAGUUCCGCACCUAUCCAUUACUAUUUCUUAUUUUUGGAGCAACUGUUUUAGUUUCUUCUUACUUUACAAACACAAAUAAAUAAUAUCUUUCACGUUAUUUAUGUCAGUAAUUGCCUCUAAUUACUUUAUUUUAGAGAGUAUUUAACUUUUUUGAGGUGUGCUUUCAAUUCCUUGUAUAGACACUGAAUAUUAGUAACUUUUAGUGAUCCUCAAUUUUCGAUCAUAUGUAUUUAUUUAAAUGGACUCUAGUUUGCAGUAGGUUAUGCUCCCAUAACUUUAGGAUACUAUUGUAAAUGUUUUAUGACUCUGUUUGUACUUACUUAUCCAAACUGCAUACUGUACUUUCAAGAUAAGAGUAUAAAGAGGCUUUAUCA